GACUAGUCUAUUUGUGUGUUAAUAGGAAGUUACUCUCAGUGGACGACCAUUGAUGAAGUCUUGAUACACUCCAGGAAAACGUUUGAAGGUAUUCUGAAGGUAUGUAAAUAUCACCAUGCUGCCACUGACUUUAAGCAUUAACUUGUUUAAUAUAUGAUGGUCGUGCUGUUGAUUUUUGCAUUCCAACUCUUACAUUACCCUACAUAUGUUGUAAUGUCUUUAUUUCAUUGAAUAUAGUUACUUUUUAUUUUAUAAAUCUUUGCUUUUUAUUAUCGGUAUUGUAAGUUACAUUUAAAGUAAAGUUUUUCUUCUUCACCAAAACAACCAGCACACACUAUACACACAUCACAUGCAGCCAUCACUCAGUGCAAACUCAUUACAUGCAGCCAGUACACACACCACACACAGUACAUAGAGCCAGCAGAUACAUAUCACAUAUACAGGACCGGCCUUAGGCCAUUAGGCACCCUGUGUGAAAAGUCUUCGGCACCCUCUCCCCCCCACUACCCCUCACCAAGUUGCCUGUAUACAGUCACACACACAGGCAAACAGUCACACAAACCGUUACAAGCAGUCAGUCACACACACAAACACACAGUUACAGGCAGACCGUCACAUAUGCUCAGUUACAGGCAGACAAUCACAGAGCCAAACACACAGUUAAAGGCACACAGUCACACACACACAGUCACAAGCAGACAGUCACACAUACUCCAUUACAAGCAGACAGUCAUACACACUCCGCUAAAUGCAGAUAGUCACACGCACAGGCACACACAACGGCACAGCUACAGCGACACACACAGUUACAGUCAGACAAACAGUCACACACAGGCAGAAAGUUACACACACACAGACAGUCACACACACAGGGAGGCAGUCACACAGACAGUCUCACACACACACACAGACAGUCACACGAGCUGGCCCGGGGCCACGAGCAGAGCCGGUGCUUCCUAUAAGGCUGCAGCCACCUGAGCGUUCUGUAAAGAGCCUCAGGCGACUGCAGCACUCCUCUCUCGUCACUUCCCCUUCCCUGUAGCGUGGCCGAGCUCCUCUUCCUCCUGUCAGUCCGCACGGUACAGAAGAUUCAGUUUCCUGUUCCCGGCCGGACUGACAGGAAGUGCACACUGAGUGCUCACUUCCUUUCAGUCCGGACGGGAACAGAAAACUGAAUCUCCUGUACCGCGCGGUACCCGGCCGGACUGAGCACCAGGAGGAAGAGGAGCUCGGCCAUGCUACAGGGAAGGGGAGGUAACUGAGAAGAACAUACACGGUGGGGAGGUGAGAAGAACAUGGGGAGGGGGAUAGUAAAAAGAACAUAGGGAGGGAGUAGUAAAAAGAACAUAGCGAGGGAGGAGUAAAAACACAUAGGGAGGGAAGGGGAGGGAGGGAGGGAGUUAAAAAACAUGGGGAGGGGGAGUAAAAAAACAUGGGGAGGGAGUAAGAAGGACAUGGAUGGAGGAAGGCGGAUGGAGGAAGACGGAUAGGAGGGAGGAAGAGGGGAGGGAGGAAGAAGACGGAUAGGGGAGGGGGAGGAAGGAAGAAGGACAGGAGGGGGAGGGAGGAAGAAGAACAUAGGGGGGAGGGAGGAAGAAGGACACAGGGAGGGUGGGAGGGGAGUAAGAAGGACACUGAGUGGGGAGUAAGAAAAACAUAGGGAGGGGGAGUAGUAAGAAGAACAUGGGGGGAGGAGUAAGAAGAACAUGGGGGCAGUAAGAAGAACACAGGGAGGGGGAAGGAGUAAGAAUAACACAGGGAGAGGGGGGGUGAGGAGAUGAGGAGAACACGGAGGGGGGAGGUGAGGAGAACAUGGGGAGGGGUGAGAAGAGACUGGUAGGGGAGGGUGGGGGUAGAGGAAAGACCACUAAGGGGCAGAGCUCUAAGGGAUGGAAGAGAGAGCUCUAUAGGACAGGGGACAGGACAGGGAGCUCUUUUACACUAUGUGCACAGCAGUUUUAGCUAAUUUGCACGUUUGUGAGAACUGAAAAAUGUUAACUUUUUUAAUGUAUAUUUGAUUUUAUGGUACAGUGGUGUUUUUUGCAAAUGUUAAAUUGUUGAAUGUUCAAAAUUUAUGCACAUUAUAUGCAACAGCAGUAUUUGCACUGUAAACCUUUUUUAUUUAUAUAAAGUGUGGGUGAACUUAAACUGCAUGGCUAUGCUGUGGUUGCUGUAGGCUUUGUGUGCGUGGGGGGGAGUGGGGGUUUGGGAGGGGCCUCCAUGUCCAUUUUGCUUGGGGCCCCCAAAUUCCUUCAAACAGCCCUGCAGACAGUCACACACACACAGAGGCAGGCAGUCACACAAACAGGCAAACAGUCACACACAGGCAGGCAACACACACACACACACACAGACUUACCUCUUUCCAUUAUGGCUGGAAGGGGUAGUGGAUGCAGUUGGUUGUUGGGGAAGCAGGGCCUCCUUCCUUCUUCCCUCUUCCUGUGCAGCAGUUACCAGGGGCUUCUGGUAGGUAUUAGCCCCACCUCUGCCUCGCGAUAAGCCCAACCGCACGCUAAUCCUCCAAUUGGGUACCUGUUUUAGCUCCCCUGAACUCCUGCCACCCGGCCAUGUGCGAGCUGUGUCGGCCACAUGGCGCCCCCUGGACCAUGGCGCCCUGUGCAGCCGCACAGCUCGCACACCCAUAAGGCCGGCCUUGCACAUAUAGCCAGCACACACCACACAUACUGACUUCACAUAGCCAGCACAAACCAAGGACAGUGAGCACUCACAGCACACACGACACAAAGCCAGCACAAACCAAGGACAUUGAGCACUCACACCACACACACUAUGUCAAAGGAGAGACUGUGGAUGGGCAAAGAGGGUCAUUCACAAAAGUUGUAUUAUUAUUUUUGCAAAAUAAAUUCAGUUUGCAGAACUGGAGCCUAAACCACUGUGUUAUGACAAGUGGAAGUAGAGAUUUUUUCCAGAUCAGCUAUUUUAGAUUUUUUUUUUUUUUUCAUUUAAAUGUCCUUCUCUAGUAUCUCCCACCAACUACAAUGAGAUCUAGUAAAAUCUCAAGAGGAGGAUUGGGGUUUAGACUCCGAGAGAGAACUUGACCUUGGUGUGCUUUUCUUUAUUUUUCUUUUGGAGAAGGGACCAUGCCGAUAAGGGUUACCACAGCCAAACACACCAUUUGUUUUUGGUUGGAGUAACCCUUUAACCACUAUCUUCUCUCUACUGCGGUCUUUAGUUCCUGGUUAUGUCAUCUAUCAGGAUCUUGCAUCACUAGUGUACUCACAAUAUGCAUAAAUAUUACAGUACAAUGUAAGAUUCUGUGAGAUGCCGUAGGCAUUUAUUGUGAGUUGCGGAAGAAUUUUCCUGUAGUCUGUGUUCUAGUGCCCCCUAAUUAUAAGUUGUCAAACUGCAUUAGAACAAUUUGAAUUCUGAGUUGGAGUCUGCUAGGUGCUCCACCCAGCCUGCACUACUUCUGCUGGAGAAGCUUCUAUUAGCUGUCCUGAGCUAAGCCCUGUAGUGCGGGGCUAGCUCAUUGGGUUAUUUGAUUACUCUCCGCUAAUAAGUUUAGCCCUGCACCAUCUGCAGACCACAGGUUCUAAAACAGUUUGACUACUUACAAUGUAGGGCUAUGGGGCACUCCUUGCACCACAACCACUACUGCCCAAUGUAGUGGUUAUGGUGCUUAGAGCUCUCCUUUAAUAAAACAUUUUUUGUUCUAAAAAAGUUUACAAGUGACAGUCAUUUUAAAUUCUGAAAUUAAAUAUUUGCAAAAGUGCACCUGUAUCCAUAUAUGUACCACAGCUGAGUACUGUGGGCAUCGUUCUCUAAAAUUGGGUUUUCCUAGCCACUUAUAAUGAAAGAGAUUUAAAGGGACACUGUAGGCACCAAGACCACGUCAGCUCAUUGAAGUGGUCUGGGUGCUGUGUCCCUAUUGCACUUAGUGCUACAAUGUAAAACAUUGUAGUUCCAGAGAACUGCAAUGUUUACAAUGCAGUUCUAAGUCUGCCCUCAAUGGCUGUCUACCAGAGAGCCACUAUAGGGCUUACCAGAAUCAAACGGACCUUUGGUCUGUUAUCUGACACUGGACGUCCUCACGCGCUCAAGCGUCUGAUUUUCCCCAAAGGAAAGCAUUCAAUAAUGCUUUACUAUGGUGAAAUGCUAAUACAAGCGUGGCCAUUGCCACACAUUAGGUCUCCCCUGCCAGCUUAUGUUGCUGGUUCAGGUAAGCCCAACGGGAGGGGGGCUCCUUAACCCCUUAAGGACCAAACUUCUGGAAUAAAAGGGAAUCAUGACAUGUCACACAUGUCAUGUGUCCUUAAGGGGUUAAAAAGCUAUAGUGCUAGGAAAACGAGUUUGUUUUCCUAGCACUAUAGGAUCCCUCUAACCUCUUCAGGACCGCUGAUGGUUCAGGACCGUCAGCGGUAAAAUAUGCGUUUGGACCGCUGACGGUCCUGAACUGUCAUAGCGAAAAACGGGCUGCGGGAAGCGAUCAAAGAUCGCUCCUGCCGGUAUAACGCUGUAACUAUCUGCCAGACAUCCCAGGCAGAUAGUAACAGCCAAUUGCGGCGUGUGAGCGAUCUGUGAUCGCUCACAAUUGGCUGCUGUCAAAGUGGGUGUUACAUCUCUGCCCCUAUCUCCUCUGUAGCGUUUUGUGAGGCGAGAGAGACAGAAAUCGUGAUAGUUUGUUGCAGCAAAAGUGUUCCAGAGCUUUAUACAGUAUCUAAAGUGAAUAAAAAAAAAUAAAUCAUUUUUUAACCCCUUCCCUGCCAGACCUGUUACAGCAGUGCAUUUGUACUGUCUGUAUUUUUUUUUUUGCCCUUAAAGGGUUACAUUUGUUUUAAAAAUCUUGGUCUGUCUUAGUCAGUCAGUUUCCUUCCCCCAAAUCUCCAUUAGAUGUUUGUGACAGGAGUUAGUUUAGGGAUUGCUGUUUAGUCUGUUUUAGUAAAAAAAAAAAAAAAAGUAUAACAUUUUUUUGUGUGUUUGUAAUUUGUUUUAGUCGUGUGUAAAACAUGCAGUGUAUGUAUAACUUGCAGGAGGCAUAUGCCUUCUUGGCGUCAGACUCUGACGCCACUGACACUGCGUCAGAUUUUGACCCAGGUCAGUUUUCUGACACGUCUAGUCAAGACGACAUGUCAUCUGUGUGUGAGUCGGCUGAAGAAAGAAGCUGUGCUUCCUCUGCUAUGCCGAAUGUGGAGGAGGACUGGGUACCUCCACCGUUAGCCGAGCCCAACGUCCCCCCUUUUAGUGCCAACGCAGGCAUUAAUGUUAAUGUGGAUGGCUUCUCCCCAAUGCAGUAUGUAGAACUAUUUUUAGGGGAUACCAUCUGGGAGGAGAUUGCUUCCCAGACUAACUUGUAUGCUACCCAAUUUAUUGAUAACAAUCCAGGUAGCUAUACAGUCAGGGAGCAUGACAGGCAUCCCACAGAUGUCCCAGAGCUUAAAAAAUUCUGAACUCUUACAAUGCUCAUGGGGAUCAUAAAGAAGCCAUCAAUACGCUCAUACUGGAGCACCAACCCAAUAAUGUCUAGUCCAGUAUUCUCCCAAACCAUGCCUGGAGCCAGAUACGAGUUACUGCUGAGAUUUUUACAUUUCAGUGACAAUACCCUCUGUCACCCUAGAGAUCACCCCCAAUACGAAAGGCUUCAUAAAAUACACCCACUGAUAGACCAUUUUCAGGACAAAUUUUCAGAUGUUUAUACCCCCCAACAAAAUGUAUCCAUAGAUGAAUCUCUAAUGAAAUACAAAGGGAUAUUAGGGUUCAGACAAUACAUCCCAUCAAAGCGCUGUAGGUAUGGCAUAAAACUGUACAAACUGUGUGAGAGCGAAAGUGGAUACACGUUUGCCUUUCGUGUAUAUGAGGGGAAAGAUGGUCAACUGGACCCUCCUGGCUGUCCUGACUCUCUUGGGACAAGUGGGAAACUUGUAUGGGACCUUCUAAACCCCUUGUUUGAUGAAGGUUACCACCUUUAUGUGGAUAAUCUUUAUAGUAGUGUCCGUCUGUUUAAAACACUUUAUGGUUUACAGACACUGGCCUGCGGCACUGCCAGAAAAAAUUCCAAAGACUUUCCACGAUCUCUCAUAGAGGCAAAAUUUAAAAAAGGCGAAUGUAAAGCACUUUGCAAAGCUGAGGUGCUUGCACUAAAAUUUAGGGACAGGAAGGAUGUCAACAUGCUAACCACCAUCCAUGACGAACGCAUGUCAGACGUCUCUGUCGGGGCAGAGUAGAGUCCAAGCCGGUUUGCAUCAGGGCGUAUAAUAAGUACAUGGGGGGUGUUGAUUUGGCUGAUCAGCUGAUGCAGCCAUAUCUUAUUUUACGAAAAACCAAACCAUGGUAUAACAAGGUGGCUAUCUAUCUGAUGCAAAUAGCAACCCACAACUCAUUUUUGCUUUUUAAAAAAAAUAAUCCAGGGAAAACCACCUUUCUCCAAUUUCAGUUGAAAAUAAUUUCUUUAACAAUUUAUGGAGAUGGACAAGUUCCAACAACGGUGCAAGCUGAGUCCAGACAUUUUAUUUUUAAGUUACUGCCAACUUCUAGACCCCCCCACUCCCCCAGAAACGUUUCCAGGUCUGUUUUAAAAACGGGAAAAGGACAGACACCGCUUUUUACUGUCCUGAUUGCCCUUCGAAACCAGGACUGUGUGUAGAAACAUGUUUCAAGCUGUACCACACAGAACAGUUGUAAGAAGUGUUCCUGAAUUUGUAUUUUUUUUGUUAGUCAGUUUCCUUCCCCCAGAUCUCCAGUUAGAUUCUAUUUGCAUGAGUCAGUUUAAAGAUUGCUGCUAAAUGUACAUUUGCUACCUGCACAUUUGGUCUAACAAGUUUUCUGGCAGUAACACAUAGCCAGCUGGCCAAAGCCAGAUGAUGUGUGAAUAAAAACCAGAAUUACAAAAUUACCACUACACUUUCUUUGGGGGGCAAAAUGGUUGGGGGAAAGAAGUCAAAACACCAUAUCUUCUAUAACAUUUGAUUUCUACUUUAUAAAAAUAUAUACUUUAUAUACUGUCUUGAUGGUAACAUGAACUGACGGGUGCAAAAAUAUGUCAAACUGAAGACAGACCAAGCAUACCUAUAUAUCAAGUUGAAAAACUGACAUGUACAAGUUCUGAUUGUUGCCUUUUGGCCCCCAAACAACCCAGCAACCCUAUACAUGGGGGGUAUCACUGUACUCGGGAGAUGUUGCUGAACAUAUUGGGCAGUGUUUGACAGUGACACAUAAUAGGAUCUGUUAAUUCAUGCCUAAAGUGCAGUGUGUGUGACAAAGAAACAAAAAAAGAUUACUAACCAAAAGUUUGACAAAGGCUGGUGGUAGAAUUCAGUGCAUGAAAAGUGUUAAAAUACCACCAUUUAUAAUACCCUGGGUUGUCUACUUUUCAAAAAUAUAUGGUUUGAUGGGGUAAAAUAAAUUGGCUCAAAUGGGACAUGGGCGCAGGUUGAUUACAUGUCAAUAUUCCAAGUUGGGAAACUGAUAAGCGCACCUGCCAAACGUGUUUUUUUUUUUUUUUGCCCCGAAAGAACCCGACAAGCCUAUGCAUGGGUGGUAUCACUGUAUUCAGGAGAUCUUGCUGAACACAUAUUGGGGUGUUGUUUGGCAGUGACACAUAACAGGAUCUGUUAAUUCAUGCCUAAAGUACGUGUGUGAAAAAAAACAGAAAAAAAAUUACUAACUUAAAGCCUGGUGGUAGCAUUAGUGCAUGGAAAGUGUUAAAAUACCACCAUGUGAAAUACCCUAGGGGGUCUACAAAAAUAUAUGGUUUGAUGGGGGUAAAAUAAAUUGGCUCAAAUGGGACAUGGGCGCAGGUUGAUUACAUGUCAAUAUUCCAAGUUGGGAAACUGAUAAGCGCACCUGCCAAACGUGUUUUUUUUUUUUUUUUGCCCCGAAAGAACCCGACAAGCCUAUGCAUGGGUGGUAUCACUGUAUUCAGGAGAUCUUGCUGAACACAUAUUGGGGUGUUGUUUGGCAGUGACACAUAACAGGAUCUGUUAAUUCAUGCCUAAAGUACGUGUGUGAAAAAAAACAGAAAAAAAAUUACUAACUUAAAGCCUGGUGGUAGCAUUAGUGCAUGGAAAGUGUUAAAAUACCACCAUGUGAAAUACCCUAGGGGGUCUACAAAAAUAUAUGGUUUGAUGGGGGUAAAAUACAUUGGUCGGCUUCAAAAAAGCCCCAAAUAGGACAUGCAUGCAGGUUGACUACAUGUCAAAAUUCCAAGCUGGGAAACUGAUAUGCGCACCUGCCAAAUGUGGCCUUUUAGCCCCCCAACAACCCGACACACCUAUACAUGGGGGUAUCCCUAUACUCGGGAGAUGUUGCUGAACACAUAUUGGGUUGUUGUUUGGUAGUGACACCUAACAGAAUCUGUGAAUUUAUACCUGAAUUGCAAUGUAUGGGAAAAAAUAAAACAAAUAAACUACCUAUGCAAAGUUUGGCAAAGGUUUGUGGUAAAAUGGCUGCAUAGAAAGUAUCAAAAUAUUCUUAGAUGAAUACCCUGGGUUAUCUAGUUUAAGAAAAAUAUAUACAUGUGGGGUGAAUUUUGGAGAUUUAUGACAUAACAGUGUUACAAUGUCAAUAUUGUAGAUGGGGGAUUAUUAAGGAGUGCCUGUAAUUUAUUUUCCUAUUGAGGCAGAAGUUGGCUUCAGCUCUGGAUAGCUAUUAUCUUUUUUGGGGGAGCAGGUGUCAGGAUAUAUUUAAUGGACCCCAAAUACAGGGAUACAGAGAACAAGAUAAAUUAUCAAGUCAAAAUCAGAAACAGGAAAUCAGAAAAUAUCACAAAAGUCCUAUUGGGCCAAACAAGAACUACAGCAGGGCAGUUGGAUCAAGAAAGGCCAGGAUUUAAAUACUAGUGGCUGUAUUAGGAUUGGGCUAUGUCCUAGAGUAGCGCUGCCAGAAGACGCAAGACAAUCACUUCUACUUCAUUUGUGUGUGCUGCUAUUCAGACGUAAGCUCAAACACAUAUAAAGAGAUGCACACAAGCAAGUAUUGCUGGAGUGGCAAGGAGAAAUCCAGGCAGUGGCAAGUAAUCCCCACCUUGAGAACCAUCUGCAGGGCGGAGACUAGAAAGCUUGCGUGGAAACAAAGCAUUGAACUCAUGGAGCUGGCUAGGAGCAUGCACAUCUGAAGCAGGAACCUAUGCAUGCUUCUCUGGACCAUACACCUUCCAGUUAAUGAGAUACUGUAGAAGUCCACGAGAUUUGGAAUCAAGGACUUCAAACUCCUCCUGUCCAUCGACAGAGACAGGAAGAAGAAUAGGAAUAUGUCUAGUGAACCUGUUACAUUAUAUUCUUAAGCCAUUAAUUUGUAUUUGAAAUACAGAGAGAACUAGGUUGGUCCAAGGUAUGCGAAACAGUUGAUGUGAUUUUGGAUGAAUUAGUUGCUGAAUUCAAAUAGUUUCACAAUAACUGUUGUGUUAACGUUCACUGUGUUUAUGGAGUUCCAAGAUGGCCCCCAAACAUGUGCUUUCAGGAGCCCCAAUAUGGCUACCGACCAUGUGCUUCCAAGAACAUCAAGAUGGCCACCGGCUAUGUGUCCUAGUAUAAAAUUCACAACCCAAUUACACUACCAAUAGACAUUGGCAGAGUUGCUGUAUGCCCAGAUUCAUUUGCAAGCACCCAGAAGCCAACCCUUUAAUUUUGUACAGAUAUAAUUUAGAUUAUAAGGUGCAUCAGGUAUUUUGGCACAGAUAUAUAUUGAACAGUUAACCUUCAAAGAGAGGAGAAGAAAAAAUAAGUUGGGUUGCAGCAAUAAUGUGUUCAGGAGGAACUAUAGGAUUGUUAUCUUUCUGUUUGCUCUCAAGGAAUUCGUACUGCCUAGAUAAGGCAUCAGAUUUUGUGUUACGGUAACAAGGUCUGUAUGUGAUUUAUAUAGUUUAAAUGUGACAGGCAAAGAAACCAGCAGGCCUGUCUAGUGGUUAAAGGUUUAGCAUUGGCUAUAUAUGGUUCUUAUGGUCAGUUAUUACUAUGACAAGAUAUUUAGUACCCUCUAAGAACUGUCUCCAUUUAUUAAACACAAAAACAAUCGCUAGUAAUGAUCUAUUACCUAUAUUAUAAUUAAUUUCAGACUCAGACAAUACCGUUCCAAUGCUGGUUUCCAAGACAUCAACCUCAAGGAUAAAUGGUUUAGUUAUAUCAGGAUGAACCAAGACUAUGGCUGUUGAGAAGUGCGACUUAAGUUUUACUAUAGCAGCUAAGGCUUCAAUCUACCAAACAAGGGAUUACUUCACAUUUUUGUAAUGUUAGUGAGGGGUGUUAUGUUGGAAGAAAAAUUGUGUAUAAACUUUCUUUAAUAGUAGUUGGUAGGGGGCGUGGCUUGGACGCAGAUCGGAAUGGCGGCGUGAACCAGGAGCUUCCUGUAGGCUCUGCGCUAUUACCCGCCUCACUAGCCCCACACACCGCAAAAUGGGCAAAAAAAACCGGCAAAAGCAAGCGGCAGCGACCGCCAACACUCCGAGGGGGUCCCAAACACCGGGCAUGAGACAAUACCUCCUGACCCAGGCGGAUCACGUUUCUCAGGCCUCUAGUGACUCGGAGGCCUCGGGCCUGGCCCGCCCGGCAGACACCACGAACAGGUACAACUUACACCUGACCUACCCCGAUCCCAGCUGGACUGGGCAUCCCUACUGAGCAACCUACCCACGAAAGCUGACCUUAAAGAGGCAAAUGCCGCCCUUCACAAGUCCAUAACAGGGGAACUCCAUGCCUUAAGGGAGGACAUGCAGGGGCUACACCAUAAGCUAGCAUUGUUGGAGGCAGACUGUGACCACGUGACAUCGGCACAAAACGCCACCGCAAACGUAAUACAGCGGCAGGCGAUACAACUGCGCCAAAUGGCCCUCCACAUGGAAGACCUCGAUAACAGAGGGAGGCGGCAGAAUAUCAGAAUCCGGGGCCUGCCUGAGGAACUUGACAAGACAACCCCAAUACGAGAUUCCCUCACAGAAAUCUUCAAUUCCCUUCUACAGCGGCCGAACACGACGCCUAUUGAUUUUGUUAGGGCACACAGAGCCCUCAGACCCAGAGACCCACCGGAGUCCCCCCCCAAGGGACGUGAUAUGCUGUUUAUUACACUUUCAAGUGAAGGAAGACAUCCUGAAGAGCGCUAGGGAUAAAAAACAAAUCCUUCAUCACGGCGCGGAACUACAACUAUAUCCGGACCUAUCUCCAGCGACCCUGGCGUACCGACGGGCCAUGCGCCCUCUUACACGCACACUACAAGCCAACAAGAUCAGGUAUCGUUGGAACUUCCCCACUGGCAUACAAGUCACCACAAGCACCGGCUCCUUCACCUUGAAGAACAACGGCGAUAUGAGGGACAUUGUUCGGGAACUACCACACAUACAGCUGACCUGGCCGGACUCGAUGGCCUGCUACGAGUUUUCACCCGAAGCACACCGCCAGUCGCAACAGCACACCAGACCACGAAGAACUAGACAGCAGACCACGCGCCCCACGGGCGCCAACAUAUAAGGGACUGCGCACCGCCUACUUUCCAUCCCGGGGCCUCACCUCGACCCACCCGUGGACCAGCCACACACUUCCAUACCCGACUACCAGAACCAGAGACUAUGGACACACUGCGCUGACCCCUCCGAACCGCAAGUAUACCUCCCACGGGAGACACACCCAGCCACAUAAGCAGAGAAGCACCGGGGGGCGCACCUAGGACACAGGAGCCCGGCCAUGCGGAGCCCUGUGACCUAUUGGACUAAUUUGAACUUCCUAUGAUAACGCAAGGUGCAAGGGAAACGAGUAACAUCUGGUUCACAUAUUUAGGUUUAGGGGAAUAGGGGAGUGUCCACCCCCCCGGCUGGGUCCGGCCGCCGCCGUUCGCCCGCCCUGCGAUGAACCUCGGGGACACAGAGGUUGCGGAAGGGAGGGGGGGGAACGGUCGCCACUAGGCCACACAACCGCAAGGGCACCUCCCACGGGAGACACGUCCAGCCACACCAGCAGAGAAGCACCGGGGGGUGCUCCUGGGUCGCAGGGGCCCGUCCGUGUGGUGCCCUGUGGCCUACUGGACUAAUUUGAAUUUCCUAUGAUAAUGCAAGGUGCAAGGGAGACGAGUAACAUCUGGUCCACACACUUGGGUCUAGGGGAUCAGGGGGGCGCCACCCCCCCGGCUGGGCCCGGCCGCCGCCGUUCGCCUACCCUGUGAUGAACCUCGGGGAGCAGGCGGGGGAUGGCGCCGGCGGGGCACACCCGGGGUGGGGACGCUGAUAAGUUACGGAGGGGAAGGGGGGAAAGGUCGCAACCAGGCCACACAAUCCAGACUAACCCAUAGAUCAGCCACACGCUCUAGACAUGGGACAAGGAGGGCACGGACACCACCCAGACGCUCGAGACUUCACUUUCUAUUCCCAUCCGCACAACUCAUACUCCCGCAUCGACCACAUAUACACCUCACACUACGACCUUUCAUUGGUAACUGACGUCGGGAUCGGAACAGCCACAUGGUCGGACCAUGCCCCUGUCUCCCUCAAAAUAAAGUCACCACUAUUCCGCCCCACAUCCCCGAAAUGGAGACUCAAUGAAUACCUACUCUCCCACCCGGGAGUCACGACCCUCAUAGGCGAUAAAAUCAGAGAGUACCUUGCCACCAAUACGACGGAGCAGACAUCGCCGACGAUACGCUGGGGAGCAAACAAAAGUGUGAUAAGAGGUCACUAUAUCCAACAGGGGGCAAUACUAAAAAAACAAACCGAAGCCCGACUGACCGUCCUACUAGACGAUAUCCAGCAAAACGGACGAACAAAACAAACGCGACCCAGACCACACACACCAGACCCGACUCCUACAACUGAGGAGGGACCUAGCGACCAUACUGCAUUCCAAACACCACAGGGAGGCACUUAGAAACAAGGCCUUCUUUACCCUACAUGGGAACAAGAGUGGCAAGCUCCUCGCUACGAUGCUGAGGAAACAGAGACAGCACACUUACAUCGACAAGAUCAGAGACAAACAGGGGACCCUACACCGUCUCCCGACUGAUAUCAUGAGAGCGAUCCGUACAUACUACGCUGAGCUAUAAAAACUCCCACAACCGACAACCGAACUGGCUAAGGCACACAUUCGCCGCUCGAUUCAGGACUACCUGACUAAAUACCCGAUACCGUCCCUAGACGCAGAAGUCGCUGACCUGGUUGACGAACGCAUAACUGUUGAGGAAUUAGCGCGAGCGGUCAAACUCACUAAACCGGGCAAAAGCCCAGGGCCGGAUGGCUUACCGGUAAAAUACUAUAAGACUUACGCCGAGGAUCUUUACCCACCCAUGGUGGAAGCAUUUAACGCGAUACGAGAAGGAAACCACAUCCCUACCCAAGCUCUAACAGCCCAUAUCACCAUCAUACCCAAGGACGGCAAAGACAGAGAGCAUUGCGGGAAUUACAGACCAAUAUCGCUAAUCAAUUGCGACAUUAAGCUACUGGCCAAGAUCCUGGUGGUGCGCCUCACCAAACACAUCCCAUCUCUGGUCCACCCUGACCAGGUGGGAUUUGUGACAGGACGCGAGGCGCGCGACAAUACCAUCAGAGCGCUCACACUUAUGCACGGAGGUGGGGGCACGGACGGAGGCCUCCUCUUGUUGUCCACGGAUGCAGAGAAGGCCUUCGAUAGAGUGAGCUGGGACUACCUCUUCGAGACGCUAUCCCACAUGGGGCUGGGUCCCCACACCCGACGCUGGAUAGAGGCUCUAUACCGAGCACCGACGGCCCAGGUGUUAGUUAACGGGGCGCUGACUGACCAUACACAACGGCACGCGACAGGGGUGCCCGCUCUCGCCCUGGAACCAUUCCUCACACACAUUCGCCACAACCCAGACAUAACGGGCCGGACGACAGGCCAAGUACACCACAAGGUAGCGGCGUACGCAGAUGACCUACUUUUUGUGGUGACCAACCCCGAGAUCACCCUUCCAAACAUCCAGAAAGACCUGCGGACAUUUGGCGAUAUAUCUAACCUUAAAAUUAAUUACGGCAAAUCCUACAUCCUUAAUGUUAGCGUCCCCGCCACACGCGCAGACCCUCUAUGACGCAGUUUCCCCUUCCAAUGGGCUGAACAUAAAAUUAGGUACUUAGGUAUAUGGCUGACCAGGCAGAGCAGAGACCUGUAUAGGGACAACUUCGCCACUAUACUGCACACGUUCCAACGAGACUUGAGGGAAUGGUCCUACCCGCACAUAUCGUGGCUCGGGAGAGUGCAGGUCAUAAAAAUGAACUUUCUUCCGCGCCUCUUAUACCUCUUCCAGGCCAUCCCCAUUGUCAUACCAGGCCCCUUCUUUAACACACUCAGAAAAGAAAUGAUAAAAUACGUAUGGAACGGGGGGAGGCCCAGAGUGAAAUUUUCUACACUGACACGUCCUAAAGACAAAGGGGGACUAGCCCUCCCAGACUUCCACCAGUACUACGUGGCCACACACCUACAGAGAAUCAUGGAGUGGUCUAAAGACGGAGUACACAAACUAUGGAAGACGGUGGAAGAGGCAGAAGCAGGCAGACCGAUCUCGGGCCUUCCCUGGGGCCGAGACACAACCGAUAGAGGUGACAUGUCCAUAUACACAAGACACACCAUGAGAGUUUGGAGGAGGGCCGCGAAGAAGGGGAACAUGGCAACGUACCCCUCCUCCCUCCUACCCUUGACACACAACGAGGACUUCCCGCCGGGUUUGGACCCAGGAGUCCUCAAACACAUCCUCCCGGACAGAUCCCCACGCCUACACCACCUCCUCCAAGGAGGGAAAUGUAAAACACUAACGGACUUGAUGGGAGAGACGCCCCCGACCUUUAUGCACCGCUUCCGACAUGCCCAACUGACCAAUUACAUCCACUCCCUGCCGCAGGGACCAGCACUGGCCAGAGACCAGACCACGAUAGAAGUGGUCAGCUCACACCCAGACCCGCUCCCACACGGAGUGUCCUUCUUAUAUUCUAUGCUCCAAUCAGAAACCCUGUCCGAGACACCACUCUUCAUGGGAAAAUGGGAGACAACCCUGGGUAACACGCUAACAGAAGCAGAAUUGGAAACCAUCUGCUACCUUACACACCACUGUUCCACACACAGCAAAACACAGGAAACGGCCUACAAGCUUCUAACACAUUGGUACAGGACACCACAUCUCCUUCACCACGUAAACCCAGACCACUCCAGACUCUGCUGGAGAUGUGAACGAGAGGUAGGCACCACGAAACACAUCUGGUGGGAUUGCGCCUUGAUCCAACCAUACUGGAAGAGGAUACACAAAAUGCUACCCCCCCCUUUUCUUUUCUUCCCAUCCCGACGCGAAAUACCCGAGCAUCAUCAUUGACUGAAUCAUCCCCACCGCACCCAUAGCAAUAAGGGAAACCAUAAUCAGGAACGACUAACAAACACGAGCUGGUACACACGUCCAGACCAGUCCGGGACGUCACCCCAAAGCCAAAACACGCGAACACCUGUGAUAAUCCUGGACAGGCCCGGCAAUGACACGGCUAAUGCAGUAUCCACACACCCAAUAUAAGAGUACCCCCUACCUGCAAUAUCACCAUACCCCUGGUUAAACACGGGAAAUACUGAUAGUAAUAACGGGGGAAAACACAAGCCCACCACGGACAAUGCCACAUGGCUAAGGACACAGGGCCCUGUGAGACGCCCGUUGACAGAGACCAUAGGGGAAGCCUACAAACACUGACACCUAAUCAAGGACUGAUUAAUCCGGUUCAAGGACGGUUGCUUGGCAUAAUGUUCACCCAGUUUAUGAAAACGUUACUUAACUUAUAUUCCCAAACAAAUGUAAAUACCAGAAAAUGGGGACCUGCGAGUCCUUCUACGAUGGGGCCUGCGAGCCUAACUUGUUACCUUUUAUAAUAACAUACAAUGGAGACCUGCACGUCUCAUCGAACAUUAAUAUAUGCAAAAUGAAUAAAAAUCAUAUUCACAAAAAAAAAUAGUAGUUGGUAAAUCCAAGGAAAUGUUUGAUAGCCUUCAAACUUUGUGGUAAGACCAUGUUUAAUUGGCUUUGAGCUUGGAAGGAACCAUAGUGAUCCCUUAUUCUGAUAUGAUAUAACCCAGAAACUGUACACUAAAUUGAUGGAAUAAGCAUUUUUCUGGUUUACAAUACACAUUUAGUAGUUUAGAUAAUACCAUUCUGACAUGUAUGUAUUGUGUCUCUAGAUGUGGUGAAUGUGUGUAAAUUUCGUCAGAGAGUCAACAACACAUAAAAGUAGCAAGUAAGGGGGGGCGUGGCCGACCGCAGAGCGAGACGGACAUGUUCUAAAUCCUCUCCUCAAGACCCGGGCUGAAUCCGAUGCGAUCGGAGACCUACGCGGAACAUGGGUAACCAAAAGAAGUACCAACAGAUGCAGGGAGCCCAGGGGAAAACUCCAACGGCCAAAUCGGGCACUCUCACCCGUUUCCUGAGAGAUAGCUCGGAGAGAGACACGGAGGCCGCGGCCGCGACCUCCAAGAUGGCGGGAGCUGACCCUAUGGCGGAAUCCCUACCACCCAGCCCUCAACCAUCGGAGGGCUCUCUGAAAUCGUUGGAGAUCAUCCCAGACCUGGAUAUCAGGGAUCUCCUAAAGAACUUACCGUCGAAAACGGAUAUGGAGCACAUGAUACACAAAUUGUAAGCCUCCCUGCAUUCCAAGAUGGCGGAAAUGGGAACGGAAAUCCAACAACUAAACUUGAAGGUGGGUGACUUGGAGGAAGAGAGAGAUCUUAUGCAGGCUCAAAUCACUAACAUCUCCACCACCUUAAACUCCCACAUACAAUUUAUGUCUGCCACCCAGAGGCACAUUGAUGACCUCGAUAAUAGGGGUCGCAGGAACAACUUGCGCAUAAGGGGGGUGCCUGAGUCCCCAACUGAAGACCUAACGUCCAUCCUAACAGAGCUCUUCGGGCUACUGAUACGAGAUGCCCCUGCCAACCUCCUGUUAUUGGACAGAGCACAUCGCUCCCUGCGCCCCAAGGGAAUCUCUCAAGACUCCCCACGAGACAUUAUUUGUAGAUUACACUACUUUGACACGAAGAAUGGAGUAAUGAGAGCAUUACGGGAAACUUCACAGCCGCUACUGUAUCACGGUAAUCCCAUACAAAUAUAUCCUGACCUCUCCUGGUACACUCUACAGGCUAGGCGGGCCCUUAAGCCAAUCACCGAGCUGCUGCGCAAUAGAAGCAUCAAAUACCGCUGGGGCUUCCCCUUUGCCCUGAUAGUGAACUACAAGGGCACUGUCACCCAAAUAGCCUCAAUUCUAGAUGUUCCUCCCUUCCUCCGGGCCCUGGAGCUUCCAGACACGACGAUACUGGAUUGGAACUACCCGAUACCCCACCAAGACAACUUGCAACUAACUCAACGACAGAAUUGGAGUACUCCGGCGAAAACGAGCAGAAAUGACUCCGGAUUAACUUCUCCACAAGCAAGACGGGGGAGACAACCCAACACCCCUGCCCGCAAGCGAAUGGCCACAGGCGACUAGGAGGCUACUUCAGGACCAAGCACCCCUACACAGGGACACAAAGAUCGACUACACGGACACGAAGCCAGAUGAAGUAUCUGGAAAUCCUCUAUACUCCUUCACUCUUACAAACUGCACAAAAGUCCUCUUGGAGACAUCUGCCACUGAGAAUCGUCUGACCCUGGGGACGUCGGAACAGGGAGGUGACACCGGAGCAUUGAAUGAUAUAUGGAUCUGACGUCCCUCUUUUCAUAGACUCCAAGGCCAGGCAAUGGACGCUAUCAUACCCCACUUACCAGAGGGGAGGGCAAGUAUGCUCCGACUAACAAUAUGUACUUUGACACCAAUGGGACGUUAUUCUCACUUUAGCCUUAGCACCAGGCCUUGUUAGUGCAGGUCUUUUAGCUUGAAUUAGCCUAUAAGGAAUAACAACUCUCGUAGUGGGUCUCUCCCAGUUAAUAUAUAAAAAAAAAAAAAAAAAAAAUUUUAGCAUACCCAACUUAGGUUCCAUAGUUCUCCAAACGAAUACUUAAUCUUUGAGGAUUAAUAGUCCCGGGUCUCAGGCGCAUCCCAAGACCACACAACCCCAUUUUAGACUUGGUUCUAACUCUUGCGCCGAGAUAGGACCAGAUUCCCCCUCAGGGAAAACCAGUCACACUCCUAGGAGUGGACACCUUUCCAGAUCUAUCCUCUUCCCCAUUUUACACUACCGAUAUCCCAAUUGUACCGUAAGGGUGAUAGAGCGAUAAGGUCAUAACGAGUUGUUAGUACUUGAAUCAUACUAACAUAGUCAAGCAGGAGCCACUAGACAGUGGCCCACUGAGGGCUGGGCGGGAUUUGCCAUUGUCAGUGCUUUAUCUCGUUUGUUUUUGUUAAAUGUUUCAACAUCUUAACUACAGACAUUUUGUGUUUAUACUGUUUUAUACUGUUUCUUCCAAGGUUCAGUUAAUACCGACCAGGACUAUCUACUUGACACGACUAUAAGCUAAGGAGUCACCGGCCACCUCCCCCAUAGCCCCCACCGGCAGGGGCCACUGUGGCAGGACAGAUCCCGCGAAACUACCCAGGCAGACAGUCUCUCUCUUCCUUCCCCCUCACCACCCUCGGGCUAAAACCCGAGAUAAGGUAAUCUAACCCUGCACAAGACACACACCGAUCUACUGACACUCCACACACGGGCUGAGAUACUGAAUUAGGAACAAUACACCCAGGGGUCUCACUGGAUACGGUACAGUAAACGACAUCUCAAUCACAUCUCUCUCUCCAGGUAUCUCCUCUACCAAUUUCCCUCGGGAUGGCAACCAUAACACUCCUCACGCAAAAUGCGAGGGGCCUCAACACCCCAGAGAAGAGAUCCAUGGCCCUAGCGGACUUUAACAGACACAAAGCACAUAUCGUUUUUGUCCAAGAAACCCACUUCCGCAAAAACACCCCCCCUAAAUUACAAAACAGGGACUUCCCAAGAGGAUACUUUAGUCAUUACUCAGAAGCAAAAGCACGAGGGGUCGCCAUACUUAUCCACCGCCACACACAAUUCACUUUCCAAGACCAACAACAAGACGAUUCCGGCAGGUUCCUUUUUGUAAAAGGAAAGCUAGGAAACACCCAAAUCACGCUGGCCAACAUCUACCUACCCAAUAAGAAACAGGCCCAAUCCCUCAAAAAAAUCUUAGAGAAACUUUCGCUAUUCCAUGAAGGGGUGGUGAUCCUGGGAGGUGACAUUAACAAUUCUCUAGACGGAGCCCUAGACUCUACCACUACCGCCCACAAAUACCAAUCCCAAUCAAGACUGCAGAUGAAAAAAAUUCUCUACGAUGCUCAACUGUAUGAUGGGUGGAGAGCGAUCCACCCUACGAAGAAAGAUUACUCUUUCUUCUCACCACCUACGGGGACCUAUUCCCGUAUAGAUUCUUUCUUCCUACAGCAUAGAUACUUGCCCAUGAUACAGACGUCCUCCUAUGGACCCAUCACAUGGUCUGACCACGCUCACCUGACGCUCACAUUGACCAUACCAUCCCUACCCAAUCCCUCGGCACAAUGGAAACUGAAUGACCUGUUACUAAAUCCCCCUGACACUCUUGCACAAAUUAAGAAGACGGCCACUGACUACUUUAGGGAAAACACAACGGCGGACACUGCUCCCAUAAUGACGUGGGAAGCACACAAAGCAGUACUCAGAGGAGAACUAAUCCGAAUAGCCUCCAACCUGAAACACAAGAGGGAAAGGUCUAUUAUCAGACUCACUAGGGAAAUCAAAACUCUAGAAUGCAAACACCAUGACAUAUCCAUGCUGCAGGACUACUCCUCGCUACUAGCCAAACGGACAGAAUUAAAUACGAUUCUGACCCUCCAUGCCAAAAGGAAAAUGUCUCUGACGAAAAGCACAUACUAUAUGCAGGGAGGCAAAGCUGGGAAACUCCUAGCACAGUCGUUACAGAAAGAACGACAAUCUACCUUCAUUUCUGACAUUAGAACUGAAACAGGCAGGAUAACUAGCCACAUGCCAGACAUAAUGGGAGCAUUCCACAAAUUCUACACCGACUUAUACAACCUGAAAUCGGCCCCUCCCACACCCCAAGACGUAAUAGAUUUCCUAACAUCCAGAAUUAAGCGCACCCUCCCGGCCAACGACAUGGCAUUCCUAGACGACCCAAUCUCGGUGGACGAAUUUCUUCACGUGACUAAGACCAUACCCAUAGGCAAAAGCCCAGGCCCAGAUGGAUUCACCGGGAAAUACUACAAACUAAUGGCACCAAUUCUGGCACAACCCUUUAUAGAUGCUUUUAACACACGAAACCUCUCGACCUGCAUUCCACAUACUGCGCUCGAGGCAACCAUUACCUUGAUACCGAAACCGGGUAAAGACCUGACCUCAUGUGGCAGCUACAGGCCCAUAUCACUGAUAAAUCUAGACUUGAAAAUUCUUACGAAAAUAAUGGCCACUAGACUCAAACCCCUACUCCCUGGUCUUAUUCACCAUGAUCAGGCUGGCUUUGUCCCACACCGAGAGGCCAAGAACAACACCACAAAAAUCAUUAACCUUAUCCACUGGGCGCAAAUACACAAACUCGACAGUGCCCUUCUGGCCAUCGAUGCUGAAAAAGCUUUUGAUAGGGUCAGUUGGGCGUUGCUGAAACACACAAUCCGUCUACUGGGCUUUGGCUCUCGCUGGCAGGAGUGGAUAGACGCUAUCUAUUCACGUCCAACAGCAAAGAGGCAUUUGCAUAGACUCACAGGAAUACAAGGUCACAGCUUUUGCGGACGACCUCCUGUUCACUGUGACAAGUCCGUCAGAGACAAUUUCCCACAUAAUUACCGAAAUGGAAACCUAUGGGAGACUCUCAAACUUCCGGGCAAAUCUAUCCAAAUGUGAACUUCUACCUAUACACGCAGCAACCUCACUCAAUACUACGCUGAGAACUAAAUAUAAAUUUACCUGGGCCUCCAAGUCCAUCAAAUACUUAGGAGUCCACAUCCCAAACGAUUUGGAAUGUACUUAUAAAUUAAACUUUCUUCCACUAUUAGAGACCAUUGCCAAGGACCUACGAGCGUGGCACAAACCAUGCUUUGGGUGGUUUAGCAGAAUUAACAUACUAAAAAUGAACCUCCUCCCUAGGGUGCUCUAUCUUCUUCAAACACUCCCCAUUGCUAUUCCCCGUACCUUCUUUUUAAAAAUCAGAGCCAUCUUCACUAAAUUUAUCUGUGCACACACAACCCCUAGGCUAGCCUACUCCACACUGACAAAAGGCAAAGAGCAAGGAGGAGUAAAUCUCCCAGACAUAGAGCAAUAUCAUCAGGCGACUCAGAUGCAACGGAUCUAUGAAUGGACAAAGCCCACUCACGUCAUGCCAUGGACGCAUAUAGAAAACACGAUAUCCAAACAUACCCUACGCACCAUCUGUUGGUUGCCCGAUGCCCACACACAAUUUCGGACGUUCUCCUCUAAAACACACCCAACAAUAGACCCAACCCUGAGAAUUUGGCACAAGCUCAGAUACAACUUGGGAAUCUCGCCGCACCCGUCACCAUUGUAUCCACUCACCCACAACCCCUUAUUUCAGCAAGGGGACUCGGGACAGGCAUUCCACAUGUAUCAUGUAGGCUCCACCCUGCAAUUAAGGGAUAUGGUACACGAGGGCGGGAUUAAAUCCCUAUCCCAUAUUAUGCCGAACUUAACCCACACGUUAGUCCAAAAAAUGCGCCACCACCAACUGUCCACCUUCAUUAGAACUCAUAACCUAUUGCCCAGCGGGGAUAGACAACUGACCAAAUUUGAGCAACUCUGCACUUCACACUCGGUCACUAAAAAACUACUCUCCACUAUGUACUCCCUGAUCACCGACGCACGUUCACGGACUCUCCCAGGGUACACGACAAAAUGGACGGAAGAACUCAAAAUUACACUCUCACCACAGCAAUGGCUAUCCAUCCUGAAAAAGGUUCAUACCUCAUCUAUCUCACUUUCUACCCAAGAGAGUAACUUUAAAAGAGUAACCAGAUGGCACUACACACCUGCUAAAUUACGCCUGAUACACACCACCCCCACGGACCAAUGUUGGAGAUGCAACCAACCGGGGGCUAACCACGCACACAUUUGGUGGCAGUGCCCGCUAAUAGCUAGGUUUUGGUCCAGAAUCCACACGCUCAUCCAAAUCAUAUUCCACACCACGUUCACGUUAGCCCCAGCUAACUAUCUAUUCCACAUACCCCCACAUGGCUUCUCGAAAAGAGAUACUAAUCUCUUCAUCCAACUGACUACGGCAGCAUCCCAGUUAAUACCCAAGUACUGGAAACAAUCCAAACCCCCAUCAAUCAGGGAAUGGAUACAGAGGGUGGAAGAUACAAGAUUAAUGGAAGCUAUAGCACAGUCUAAACUAGGAAACCACUCGAAACACAUUGAAGUUUGGAACCUCUGGAUCACAUUUAGCAAAAACAGGGCAUCCUCGACGGACGGGACUGACUGUCACAGGGGGGGGGGAGGAGUGGAGGUACUGAAGUGGGGAUGACUCGCAAGGGCCAACAGAGCAUUCGGAAACAGAUACCAACGAAAUAGUAACUAUACAGUAGACCUAACAAAGUCAACGAAACCCCACAGACAAAAAUUCAGACCUGAGUGACGAUUAUAGUUAACGCGCAAUCAACUCCAACGACUGUGACUCAAAAAUACAAGAGAUGGCCCACACAGACCGAACGAGCUACAGACAACCAUAGUAUUAUUAUUAAUACUUAUACUCAUACCACAACGCAGCCUUUAGGCUCUCUUAGUAGACAAGGUACCCAAAGCGUGACUAAAUUUCCCACGAAACUAACUAUCGACACCAAAUUCCCACCUAGCACGAAUAAGACCCUAGUAGACCAUACAGCUGAGACAACUACAUUCGGUAUAAGCAAAAGGUAUAACUUUGUCAUUCUUUGUAUUCAUUGUAUCCAUGAAAACCAUGUUCUGUACAUAUGCUUGUACCGUCAAAACUGCAUGUUUUCUUACUGAUGUUAUACUCAAAAUGUAUCGAAACACGUUUUAUCUGACAAAAAUAAAAAUAAAUUUAAAUAAAAAUAAAAGUAGCAAGUAACGUAACAUGCCAUUGACAAGAUCUCAGAAGAUGGCUGGUGCAUCACCAAGUACACGUGCGAGUGUUAAAGGCCAUCUUUCACUCAUCUCUAUAAUGGAAAAAAAUAAAAAAUAUAAUGCCUAAUACCUCACAAACAUAAUAUUAAUAUAAAUGAAUUUAAUGUGAUAAACACAAAAAAAUGCAAUGUCAAAACAAAUAUAUAAUUUAUUUGCAAAGCAAAUCAGUACAAGUUAAUGGUGCAUUUUGUUAUUUUUUUUCAGCUAGGAGUAAUAAAACCAGGGAUUUCCUUACCUUAAUUUCAUUUUUGCUUUUUAUGCCUUGUCCAUAUCUUUACAUGUUAUCAAAGUUAGAUAUUCAUUAUAGUGUAUAGCUGUAGAAGGCUAUGCAAAAAUGGCAAAAUGGAACCUGUCUGUAAUUAAUUUGAUCUUGGAGUAUUUUAACUAGUUUAAUAACAAAAAACAAAAAUACUAAUUACACAGAAAUAUGAUUUUCACUCUGGGUAAUUUAUAUAAAUGCACAGAUUAAUGAUUUUAUUUUUAAGUUGCAAAGCAUUUAGUCUAUAACUACUAUUUCUGUCUUUUGUCAUCAAGCUGGAGUGUGAAUUCAUCUUUAUGAGCCUCUAUAGCUGCCGCAUACAUGGAGCAUGCAAACAUCUUGAGUGUGGCCGUGAUUCUGCUAAACCUGGUAAUAUCUUACGGGCAGGAAUAUCCUUUUAUGGACCCUUCACUUCCGUGGGAUAAACGUGUGGAGGACCUGAUUGGGCGUUUAACUCUAGAGGAGAUGGUGCUGCAGGUAAUAGCACAGUCAUGAUAUUUCAUGGUUGCACUUUCUUUGAUUCCUCUUCUCUCCCUCUCUCAUGAUCUGUUCUUCAUUUCUUCCUGUCUGCUCUAGUUUUUAAAACAUAAGACAAAGUAGGGACUAUUUGUCUUAUGGAAGUUUCCUACACCUGACCAUCUCUGACCAGCAGAGGAGCAAAGCGUGCUCCAUUUCCGGUGGUCAGAGCAAUUUUCCCAUAAUUCUCACCUUUCUUCUGUGUUCCCACAAAGCCUCCUUUCACUUUUCCUGAACGUCCUGUCACUUAGACAGAACGCCGGCGAAACUACCGAAUCGCGUCCUAACAGAAUGAGAACAGUUUUUCUCCAUUCGUGUUAGGAUGCAAUUCGGGACUUUGUUCGGAUUGAAAUUUCAUUUGAAUGAAACUCUGAUCCUAUUCGUGCCACGGUAUCAAGGAGCUAUCUACCAAAAGGCUGAAAGACCUAAAUUGGUCAUUCAGCAAAAUUACUAAUACUUAGAAAAGAUUACUUCGUGUUAGUAAAUUCUGCCCCUACUCGAGUAGGAACAUGUCUACUAAACAGUGAGCAGUGGGGGCUAUUAAACUGAGCGGCGGGUGGGGCCCUAAAUAACAACGGGUGGGGACCUAUUGUCCUUCCUCCCCUGGCCCCCACCCUUGAGUGGCUGGUGAAGGCCCUAAAUAAGAAUGGGGGGGAGCUACUGUCCUUCCCCCUGGCCCCCACCCCUGAGCGGCGGGUCCUAAAUAACAAUAAGGUGGAGGGACCCAGGGGGAAGGGAAUCGGGGGGACCUAUUGUCCUGCUUUGAGAAAAUUCCAAAGAACUUUCCCACACUGUGUAUUAUGACACAGAGCACUCUGGUUGGAUUUCAAGCCAUCCAAUCAGAGUGCUGUGACAGGUAAAUGUAGAGACUUACCUGUCAGUCUCUUCAUUUACCUGUAAGAGCACUCUGAUUGGAUAAACCAACCAAUCAGAGCGCUCUGAUCCUAAUUGCAGGGCGUGGGAAGGCUUUAUAAUGGAUUUUUAUUUGGCCUUUUUUGGGGCUGAAAAAUGAAGAUUUUAGAAAAAAGAAGACAUCCAAUGGUAAGUUUUUUUUUAUUUUUUUUACAGGUACUUAUUCUUUUGUUCCCCCCUCACUAUUUUUAGGGUGUGGUGGGUAGGUAGGGGUUUAUUCAUUUAUUUAUUUUUUGGGUGGGGGGGGUGACAGUUUCAUUUAGGGCCCCCACCUGCCGCUCAGGGGUGGGGGCCGGGGGGACCUAUUGGUCCCCCCCUUCCUCAUUCUCAUUUAGGGCCCCAACCACCGCUCAGGGGUGGGGGUUAGGGGGAGGACAAUAGAUUAGGGGCAUAAGUAGAGGGUUGGGGGCAAUGGUAGGGUGGUGUUAGGGGCAUUAGUAGGGGGUAGUUAGGGGACAAUGGUAGGGAGCUGUGGGGGUUAGGGGCAGUAGUGGGUGGUUAGAGGCAAAAGUAGGGGGUUAAGGUUAGUAGUUGGUAGUAGGGGACAAUGGUAGGGAAUUAGUGGGGGUUAGUACUUUAGGAGGCUAAAAAAGGGCUAUGGGGAAUGUUAAAAAAAAAAAAAUAAAUAAAAAAAAAAAAAUAUAUAUAUAUAUAUAUAUAUAUAUAUAUAUAUAUAUAUAUAUAUAUAUAUAUAUAUAUAUAUGUUUAAAAAAAACGGGGGAUCCAUUUCCAAGUCUGCACUCCUGGGGCAAGAUCCAAGUUCCGGUUCCAAGUCUGCACUGCAGAUUGUAGGCGCUCCUGGCGCCCACGCCUCCGUCCAUCAUAUCACUUCUACAAGUGAAGAGGCGUGUGUGGGUCCCCCCUUCAAAACGUGCGCCCUAGGCUGGCACCUACUUUGCCUAUAGGUGGCGCUGGCCCUGGUGGUGGUAGAUGCAUAGAGUUAAGAGACACUCUCACUGUUAAAAGACAAGCCCCUGCCCCACACUGGAGGAGUGAGAGGACACCCUCUGUGGAUGUGGUGGUAGAUAAAAUCAAAGAUUCAUACUCCAUGGCAGACAUGUCCCGAUCAGAGAGCUUGCAUAACUCUGUUUCCCUCUGGUGGGGGAUGCACUUGGAGUUUCGUCUCUACCCCAUUACCUUCUCAUCCUACUUCCAUCUACACAUAUUCUUAUUCACUUCUUGUUGUUUUUGUUUUUUUUGUAGAUUGGAUUAGCCGUAGUAGUCCAACAGACAAGAUGCCAAAGUAUUAACUUAUUUUUUUUUUGUUGGACUACCGUAGUAUAUAAAAGACUUUUAAGAGUUGAUAUUUUCUUAAAGUUUGAACUCUCGCAAGCUUGUCUUUUAAAUAUCAAAAAAGGUAUCACUGCAUACUGCAAUACUCUGGAAUUUUUACAUCUUUUUUUUGGCGGGAAUAUAACAUAAUAAUAUACAAAGGUGGGGGUUUGAGAGAUCCACUCUAUACUGACUGAACUAUGUAUAACAUUUUAUCAUUUUUGUGAUAAUCUGUGACCAAUCUUCUACGUAUAAAAUAUAGAUUAAAAAAAAAAAGAUAUCUGUAAGGGAGGAUUAAGAGAAAGAUAUGACACAUUAGGGUUAAAAACAAUUAUAUCCCCAGUGGAGAUGUAAUCAUAAUAAUGCUAGUAAAGCUUUUGCUUUCACUAGUUGUUGGUUAUUUCUUGACUUCUGUUUCCUUAUCCAGAAGCCUAAUAGAAAUAUCUGCAGUGGGUUUAAAUGUGGAUCAUUUUCCUGAGCGUUACAUUGAGUUUGUGUAUAAUUAUUAUGAAGGAACAUUAUCGGGGUAGACUUUGUUUCAUUAGUUUAUUCUUUCCCUACAGCUGGCAAGAGGUGGUGCAGGAAAGAAUGGCCCAGCCCCUGCAAUUCCACGCCUAGGUAUAAAGCCUUAUUCCUGGAACACUGAAUGUCUAAGAGGAGAUGUUCAAGCACCAGGCUGGGCUACUUCAUAUCCACAGGCACUGGGAUUGGCGGCAUCCUUCAGGUACUCGGAACAUUAUCUAAAAUGACUAAUUUCUCAGUAUUUCUUCUCUCCCUUUGGUCAACGAAAUAUCACUUCUUACAGUUGGCAGGACAAACAGUUGGCUACUUAAAUCACUUUUCUCAGCAAACAAAUAUGAGGAUUGAUUUCCACCAAAUGGCCAUAUUGUUUUAAGCCCACCAGUACCCCAAUGUCGGUGAGUCCUACAUUAUUUCUAAUGCAGGAAACAAAUUCGUUCUAGUGCUAAAUGAGCUACAUUGUAUUUAAUCUAUGAAUGAAUAUAUAUAUUCAAAGAUAUAGUGAUCGACGUUUCGACCCCUAAAGGGCCUUUUUCAAGAUCUUGAAAAAGGCCCUUUAGGGGUAGAAUCGUCGAUCACUAUAUCUUUGGCAUAUGUAAUUUGCACUUCAGAAUAAAUUAAUCACUUGUUAAAGACCUGUGAGUGCACCUUAUAUGUAUUAUUUUUGGUAUCUAUUUUGACGCUGAGGUUUGCACCCAGGCAAGAACAUUGAUAUAUCUAGCAGCAAAGGGAGUCCUAUUUCUUUUAUUUAUUUUUAUAUAUAUAUAUAUAUAUAAUCAAAAGUAAUGUGUUAAACACAAUACAACAAAUUCAAUGACAAAAAAAUUAAAGCCUUAGCGCUUUGAUGUGUAUAUACUCACAAUGCAUAUCCUAUAUCUGCUCUAUGAAAAAUGAUAAUUACAGUGACAUUACUAUACAAAACCUACUCAAAUGUAUACUUUUCUGUGGUCACCUCUGAAAAUGGGGGCGUGGGGCAGGUUGCUCAACCCAAAAGGAAUCUGGUCUGGACUCCAAACUAUACAUAGUAAAGAUAAAAAGCAGAUUGGGGGCACAACCAGAACAUGAAUUUCUUUGCAGUAGUGCUGCCGUAGAGGCCAAAAUGUACACAAUAUACCAAUUAGGAAAUAGCACGCACAUAAAAACACGUUUUAAGGGGGCGGAGCCGAGCUUCCGGUUGCAUCUACUGCGAGCUCCGCAAUACCAAGCAUCAAAAACCCACUUUAUCAAUGGGAACCCCCUGAUUUGUGACACAAGACAACCACCCCUGUGGCUGUAAAGCUAGCAUGGGUCGCAAAACUAAACAACAAAAAGCAGAAAAGCCACGGAUUCAUUAAAACAUUGGUGAUAUGCUGAGACAGGCACAUGGUGCAGCUGGGCCCAAGAUGGCCGCUUACCCUGACACCAACUCCAUACUCUCGGAUGACCUAUCCCUUGAGGGAGAGAUGGAGGAAAUACUCACCACGCAUCCAUCUCCUGUGGCUCAAACAAAUCCAGACACAUCUCCGGUAACCACAGUUCUAAAGGAAUUACUGGCCGACCUCCAGAGGAACAUGCUUACAGAUAUCCAAGCGGAUCUACAAGGCCUAAAAGUCCGGUUUGGGGAUGUUGAGACCACUGCUAGUACCAGUACUUAACAGAUAGUCAUGAUGCAGCAGGCAGUAUAAAAACUGCAACAACAACAUGACUGUUUUGACUGGCACUUUGCAAUUCUUGAAGAUAUACGACGCAGAAACAACCUGAAAAUAAGAGGUAUCCCAGAGGACAUUCCUGCAGCAGAAAUACCGCUCUUAUUGUGAUGCCUUAUGAUGGCCUAGAACUCCGGCUGCGGUACCGUGAGACCUUGUGGUCGGCUUUCAAAACAGCAGGGACAAGGUUGUGAUGAUGGCUGCUCUGAAUGGACUUACACCAUACAACUUUGAAACAAUGUCUCUGACUUUCUACAUUAAUAUCUCUGGUAGCACAAUGGCAUAAUGACACACCCUCCACAGAGAUGGAACCCGGAGACAGCGACUGAGUUCGUCCUGAGGCAACCUACCCAGGCCUCAAAUGCAGCAGUUACCACCUGACCAUCUACAUAUAUAAUAUUUAGUUUAAAAACCCAUGUGUUCUUGAUGUGUAGACCCCAUGCUAGGGGCAAGUGCAUAAAAUCCGUGUGUGGCAGAAUAAAGUUCAGUUGUACACCCAGAACUGUGUGUCGUCAAGUUAAUGGGAAGGAGGUUGGCUAUUCCCUUGACAGUAUCUUGUUCCUGAGUUCUACUAUUGGUGAUCCAGCGGAGGAAAGUCUUUGUCAGGAUUCCACUACAACGUGCAGACACACAGCCCUGAUCUGUGACCCAAUUAAAGCAGGAGCUUUAUUACAGGCUGUUUUUAUUACAUUACCCCCUCAAACAACCAAAGCAUUAUCAGGAGGGAGGCAUGGACCUCAUUGGCACAGUACAGUCUUUUUACUUGACUGAUAAACAAGAUUUGUUAAAAUAAAUGAAGGGGUGGCUAAACCCUAGUGCCAGUAUCUCCACUCCUUCCGAAAUGGAACUGUAGCUGAUAGCUCUGUCCUUACAAUGUCAUAGUUCAUCUGUGAACUAGGAAGUUUCUUAGAAUUGAAACAGCAGGGAUGGAGUGGGGCUUCUGUGCAGGCUCUUUGUGACAGGACAGUCCCAACUCCAGUCUUUGAUGCCGCUACUUCCAAUAUGAACGGCUUAUUGGGUUCAGGAUAAAUCAGAAUAACUGACAUGAAGGUUUUUUAGGAGUUUUUCAAUCCGGAAGAGCAGAUGCAUUCCAAUUAUUAGUGUCAGCACCUUUCUUGGUUAAUGCAUUAAUGGGUUAUAUGAUAGAAGAGAAGUUUUGGCUGCCCCUAAAUCCAAAAGAGUUUGGGCCAAAAUAGAGAAUCCAUUGAAAACUGGCUUAUGAAUUGUUUAUGGUGCCAGGAGUCCUGGAACACAGCAUCAUUGUUAAGAGAUGUACUUUCCUUAACUGCUUUUUAUACUUACCUGGUUCUCCUGGGUGCCUGUGGUCCAGACCAUCUUCACACAUAUAUUUGUAAAGAAGACGUUACCCUUCUGCAUUAGCACUAAAUAUUUUGGCCAACUGUGGACACAUUUCAUUGACUGAAGAGUGUCCAAUAACGUCUGCUGUGGUGGCUAUGGUUCUUAAAGUAUCCCAUUAAUGUACCCAAUUGGUGCAUGUAUGUACUGUGACAAGCAUUUAUCGAGAGCGCAAAUGUAUUGUGAGAAUGCAUUAAUAAAAUUAAUCCGUGCAUGUAUGUAAUAUGAGACUGGACUGGAUAUGGACUGAUGUAAUGUUCGGUUCGGCAUUCUGAAAUUCGGGACUUCGGCAACUUCAGAUGUUCUCUUGCAACCGCUUAGUAGAUAACUCCCUAAUUCCCACGGAGCUAUCUACCAAACGGCUGAAAGAACUAAAUUGGUCUUUCAGUCAAAUUUACUAAUACUAAGUAAAGAUUACUUAGUAUUAUUAAAUUCUCGUGCCGUGCGAGUGGGGGCUUUUAAACAGAUAGUCAUGAUGCAGCGGCAUGUGGGGGCCCUAAAUUAGAAUAAGGGGGGACCUAUUGUCCUCCCCCCUGGCCCCCACCACUGAGCGGUGGGUGGGGGCCCUAAAUACCAGUAAAGGGGGGGACACCUAUUGUCCCCUGGCCCCCAACACUGAGUGGUGGGUGGAGGCCCUAAAUACCAAAAAAGGGGGGGACCUAAAAUAAUCCACCUUCACCCAUGGAGGGCACCGCACAGACUGAGCUCCGCAGGGCGGGGGAAGGCUUAUAAAGCCUUGUCCGCCCUGCAAUUAGGCUCAGAGUACUGUGGUUGGUUUAAGCCAUCCAAUCAGAGUGCUCUGGCAGGUAAAUGAAGAGACUGACAGGUAAGUCUCUACAUUUACCUGUCACAGCACUCUGGUUAGCUUGAAAUCAAACCAAUCAGAGUGCUCUGUGUAAUUUUACAGUGUGGGAAAGUUCUUUAGAAUUUUCCCACGCUGUGUAAUUUGACUCAUAAUACUCUGGUUGAUUGAAAGCAAUCAGAGAAUGUCCGAAAUUCGUCCGAAUUGACAUUCGGAAUUAAACGAAUUGCACAUGUCUAGUAUGUAUGUGGUAUGAGAAACUCACAAAUGUAUUGCUGUAGUGCAUAUGUGUAACAUGAGACUGCAAGGAUGGACAUAGUGUGAGAAUGUGCAUGUUUAAUAUGUAGGUGUAUGUUUUUGUUGUGAAGAUUCAAGUAGAGUGCAGAAAGCAUGUGUGCAAUGUGUCUGUGCAUUUAUAUAGCAUGAGAGCAUAAGUGCAGCAUGUCAGUGCUUUUGUAUAGUGUGAGAAAGCAUGAGUGCGAUUGCUAAUAAUGCAGCUGAUAUCAGCUCAGGCAGCAAUACCAAUUAUUUUAUGUAGUCCAUGGAAUUGCUACCAAGUGAUUAACUACACCUCUCAUAAACACUUAGAGUGUAAGGUCAAGCUACACGGAAUAAAAUAAGAGCCUCCUGAUUGGCUAAAAAACUUCCUGGUCUGGGUAGAGUUCACCAAAAUAAACAUUUCCAGCAAGUGCAGGAAAUGUAAAGGUACAUAUCUUCAAAUUAUUGCAUAUUUUAAAUGGAGUUUAUGUAACCUGGAGUGUCAUUGUAAACAUUACUCUAACACUGCGUUUUGUCUUUAGUUCUGAACUGGUUGCCAAAGUGGCUAAUGCCACUGCCACUGAAGUAAGAGCCAAACAUAAUUACUUCAUGUCUAUUGGGAACUAUGAUGACCAUACAGGGCUAAGUUGCUUCAGUCCAGUCAUAAAUAUUAUGCGGCAUCCUCUUUGGGGACGUAACCAGGUGAGUUUCCACUACCACAUGUGUUAACUUUUCUAAAAGAGAACCAUUCUUUAGCCUGUUAAAUAUUCCAUAGCAAUUCACUUGUAGUUUCACAUGUACUGACAUUAAGCCAAACUUAAAUCUUUUUUUUUUUUUUUUUUUAUCUUUAUUGAAAAAAGUUUUUCUUUCUUUCAUUCCCUUUCUUUUUUCUUUUAUAAUAUUUCCUUUUCUCUUUUUUUUUUUUUACAAACAAAAAGAGAUUUACAAACAUUGUUACAACAAUAAACAAUCAGACAUUGGACAAUAAACAUCAAAAAAAGAAAUAGCAAAAAAAAAUAUGUAUAAAAACAUUACAAUUCAGUCACCUUCAAUGCAGAAAGAGAUUUACAAUAAAUCCAGAAAGGCUUUAUCCACCUUUUGUUCUGUCUCUUUUCUUACUCCUUCCCCUUCUCUUUCUUCACCUCUUCCCUCCUUCCUUCCUUUACCUUCUCCCCUUAUAUAUUAUAUUAACAAAAAAAAAAAAGCUGCCCUUUGCUGAGAGUUAGUCGCAUAUUGCUCCUAGGAACCUAAAACCAUAAUCUUUGACAAAUAAUUUUUUCUACCAAUCAGGCUCCGUAAACCUAUGGCUAAUUUAGAAAUUUAUGCACAGGAUCCACUACCCUAUCUACAAUUCCAAGACGUAUGAACCUUGGUAUAUAUUAAGUCACAUUACUUCUUCCUAAUUUUGCAAUCCAUUUCUGCCAUUGUUCAAUUCGUGGAUUGUAAUAAUUAUCUUGUCUCAAUUAAGCCAAACUUAAAUCUUAUUUCUAAAUGAAGAUAAGUAUAGAUGAGGAGUUGAAUGUUUUAAAGGAAAUCCAUCCUUUACUUCUUUUUGCACAAUAAUGAUAAAAAAGAGGUAGGGGAAGGGGAAUUGUGUGACAACCUCUAGAGCCACUUAUCCAAGAUAGUGGGGACUGCACCUUAAACACAAGGAAACCACCGUCGUGGCUACCAUGACUGGAGGCUGCAAAUCUCCUAUGUAGCAAAUGUUUCCGCAAUACGUUGGGGCAAAUUAUCUUGUGGUGUUCAGCAGACUCUAGUAGGAACACUAUAGGGCUUUUUAAAACUUGACAAAGGACAAAAUAUUGUCUGUAUGAUUCUUGAUGUUACGUUUGACAUCUAUACACCAAAAGAACGAGUAUGGGAAAAACUGGUGAGUAUAAGUGCUCAAUAUCUAUAAUUAGCAGCAAAUCACCAACAAGGGAUUCUCUCCACCCUUGUGAAGUGGAUAGUAAAGAUAACAGAAAGGAGGUGAUCAGCGCUUAGUAAAUCCACUUUUGAAAAAGCCUUUGGCGAAACGCGUUAAGUGAGGACUUAUUUUACCCACAGUUUGUUUGAUAUUUGUUUUUUUUAUUUAUAUAACUGUUGUUUCCAGCUUUUUACUUAUUAAACCUACUAUUUUAUACAUCACCACCUGUGGAGUACAUCCUUCAUACAGCCCUCAUAACCCUUUGGGUUCCUGUAUAUAUCCCUAGGUGGGGAUUGUUCCACCUCGAGUUCUUCAUACCAGAGCAGGACACUGCUCUCGGUGACGUAAGUAGGAUAUUUCCCUCCAUCAAUACCAAUUGUUUGUAUAUACUAUACCAUUGGAUUUUCUAUUUUGCUUUCUUCACAUAUACCUACCUCAUCUUGAAAACGAGGUCUAAAGACUUAUGUCCAGAGAAGCAGAUUAUUCCGUCAUAAUAGAGCUGAGACGGCUCUAAAAAGUGUGUGUGCACUUUUGUCCAUUUGUACUCCCUUCAAUUACAUAAACUGUACUGCACCAUAAUCUUUCUUGCUUUGUACGUAUAGAUUUAUAUACUAGGAACAACAUCUGCAUCAUAUGUAUAUAUAAUCUUUAGCGCUGAUCACCUCCUCUACUAUCUUUACCAAAAGAACGAGUGCCUGGACUUAUUGGGGAAAUGUUUUGGAUAUUCAUUCACCAAGCAUUGUAGCAAAUAAAUUGCAUAAUGUGAAAUCUUACUUUUCUAUUCUAUUAAAUAAAUAUUAUAAUAUAUUUGCUAUUUCUUCUCCAGGAGACUUAUGGUGAGGACCCCUAUUUAAGUGGGGUGCUAGCUGCAGCUUUUGUAAAGGGACUGCAAGGAGACCAUCCUCGAUAUGUGAAAGCCAAUGCAGGAUGCAAACAUUUUGAUGCCCAUGGAGGCCCGGAAAAUAUCCCAGUUUCUAGGUUCAGCUUUGAUGCCCAGGUAAAGUUAUUUUAUUUUAGUUUUUAAGAUGCUUUCCUGAUUCUUUGAUCGUUGCUCUUUUGAAAUAAUUAAAUAACAUCAAUUGAGUUAGUUUAUUCAGUUAGCUCUAACUAAUACAUGUGUUGGAUAUGUUGGCUCCUCCAUUUUGUUCUCCUCUGUCCUGUGGAAUGUAUAUUUGUGUGUUAUUAUUUUUUUAAUCCUAAUUGGAUUAAAAAAACAAUUCCGAUUAAAAAAAUUUUUUUUUUUUUUUUUUUUAAAUCCUAAUUGUUUUGCUGUAAUAAGUUCACUAUUUAAUGCGGCUGAAUCAGAGGCGUAUCUACUGAAGAUCGCAUUGAAACUGCACCCCUUUACACGUACCCCCCUCAUAAACCUAGCAUUAAAAAGUCCCUCUUUGUCCAGUUGAAACAUUUAUAUGAUGUGUACAUUCUCUCUGUUGAUCUCAUUUGAUAUCAGAGAUCACAUGACUGACAAUUAUAUUUAACUCUGUGUGAGAAUGUAUGUAUGAUAAUAUGCUAUGGUAAUAUUACCACCUGCUUCUAGAAUGCUCAUUUUGACAACACAGUUAGAGGGAGGAAAGCCCAACAAAAGGAAUUAAUAAAGUCAUAUGGGGGCGUGGCCGACCGGAGAUGGAGUAAGUCGCACGUUUGCGAGGCUCUGCGGUCCCCAGCUCAAAAUCCCUUAAUAACUAGCCUACCUGAAGCCACUACGGGGAAAUCUAGACGCCAGACGACCCCCGGUCCCUCGGGGACGACAUCACCGAAACAGCUGGCGGGCCCAAUGGACGAGUAUCUGUCCACACCCGACGGCUUCAGACCCACGUGGCUGUCGGACAAAAUGGCGCUGGACUCACCGGGUGCAAGCAGCAUGGCUGAAUCUGUAGCUGGCUCCACACAAGCAGACACCCUGACACAGAUCUCUGCAGAGCUAACAGCUAUUGCCUCUAACUUGUUGACAAAGGCAGACAAGUCAGCCCUGGUGCAGGAAAUGCGCUCUACCAUCAGAGAAGAGAUUCAGGAGAUGAGAAGAGACUUAACCGCCCUGGAGCAGCGGGUCACUGAGCUGGAAGCCGACUGCAUGCCGGCCUUUCAACACUCCCAAGCCACUGACAGCGCUACUUCAAGGCAAGGCACUGUUCUCCUAGAUUUAAGGAGGCAGGUCGAAGACCUGGACAACCGCAGCCGCCGCAAUAAUAUUCGCGUGAGAGGCCUGCCAGAACAGGCAGGGGAAGACCUCAGCGCCAUCUUGCCGUAACUCUUCACGCAAGUACUGGGAGAAGAAGCCCCAGACACUUACAAUAUUGAGAGAGCCCAUAGAGCGCUCCGACCCCCUAGGAACGAAGGACUGCCCAGGGAUAUUGUCUGCUGCCUACUAUCUUUUCAAUUAAAAGAGGCUAUUAUGAAGGUGGCUAGACCACAAACCAUCACAUAUAUGGACGCCCAGGUGUCCCUGUUUCAAGAUCUUUCGCCCCUGACAUUGGAAGCACGCUGAGAACUACGACCACUCACUCGAAUACUGCAAGACAGGAGGAUUCCAUACAGAUGGGAACACCUUUUUAGUCUGCAGGCCCGAAAGGACAACGAAUGGUGCACACUGAGAUGGCUGAACGAUGUCCCCGGGUUCCUGAGGGCCCUGGAUCUGCCUGCUGUGGCAAUACCUAAUUGGAUCUUGAUGGGCCCAACACAGCAUCCUGCAGGCCCCACCGGGCCGGUCCCACCUGGCAACCGGAGGGAAAGGCCCCUGAGGAGAGGGGGACCAGAUGGUCCCGAAGAAUAAAACCCGGAAUCACACAGGUCACGCACGCCCUGAGAACUUUCCGCUCCCUGCGGGCUGGGGGCCCCCUUUCCGGAUCCGCCCGGUACAGACGCCCUGGAUUCUGAAGCCGAUUCACCUUUUGGUGGUAUGUACUCCCCCUCACAGCACUAACACCCAGCCACACAGUUAAGGUUACACAUGCUGGUUCCCACCCCUCCCCCUCAGGGGACCCCUGCCUACACCAGGACUCGAAUGCCUCAGAACUCUAGCCCAGGCCUACGGAUAAAACCCAUGACACUUCGCCAUACAGAGAGCAACAGCAGGCGGGAAAAGCUUGCUUGGGUGGGGGACCACAGGUACGAGACCCACCCACUCCUGCAAAAGCAAGUAGGCACAAACUGCGGCCAUGGACACUUCGUCAGAGGUGCGCAUGCGGGCCAUAAGCAGACUACCUGGACUCUCAUAUACAGUUGCAAGAAAAAGUAUGUGAACCCUUUGGAAUGAUAUGGAUUUCUGCACAAAUUGGUCAUGAAAUGUGAUCUGAUCAUCAUCUAAGUCACAACAAUAGACAAUCACAGUCUGCUUAAACUAAUAACACACAAAGAAUGAAAUGUUGCCAUGUUUUUAUUGAACACACCAUGUAAACAUUCACAGUGCAGGUGGAAAAAGUAUGUGAACCCCUAGACUAAUGACAUCUCCAAGAGCUAAUUGGAGUGAGAUGUCAGCCAACUGGAGUCCAAUCAAUGAGAUGAGAUUGGAGGUGUUGGUUACAGCUGCCCUGCCCUAUAAAAAACACACACCAGUUCUGGGUUUGCUUUUCACAAGAAGCAUUGCCUGAUGUGAAUGAUGCCUCGCACAAAAGAGCUCUCAGAAGACCUACGAUUAAGAAUUGUUGACUUGCAUAAAGCUGGAAAGGGUUAUAAAAGUAUCUCCAAAAGCCUUGCUGUUCAUCAGUCCGUGGUAAGACAAAUGGUCUAUAAAUGGAGAAAGUUCAGCACUGCUGCUACUCUCCCUAGUAGUGGCUGUCCUGUAAAGAUGACUGCAAGAGCACAGCGCAGACUGCUCAAUGAGGUGAAAAAGAAUCCUAGAAUGUCAGCUAAAGACUGACAAAAGUCACUGGCAAAUGCUAACAUCCCUGUUAGCGAAUCUAUAAUACGUAAAACACUAAACAAGAAUGGAUUUCAUGGGAGGAUACCACAGAGGAAGCCACUGCUGUCCAAACAAAACAUUGCUGCACGUUUAGUUUGCACAAGAGCACCUGGAUGUUCCACAGCAGUACUGGCAAAAUAUUGUGUGGAUAGAUGAAACCAAAGUGGAGUUGUUUGGAAGAAACACACACUAUGCGUGGCGAAAAAAGGCACAGCACACCAACAUCAAAACCUCAUCCCAACUGUGAAGUAUGGUGGUGGGGGCAUCAUGGUUUGGGGCUGCUUUGCUGCAUCAGGGCCUGGACAGAUUGCUAUCAUCAAAGGAAAAAUGAAUUCCCAAGUGUAUCAAGACAUUUUGCAGGAGAACUUAAGGCCAUCUGUCUACCAGCUUAAGCUCAACAGAAGAUGGGUGUUGCAACAGGACAAUGACCCAAAGCAUAGAAGUAAAUCAACAACAGAAUGGCUUAAACAGAAGAAAAUACGCCUUCUGAAGUGGCCCAGUCGGAGUCCUGACCUCAACCCGAUUGAGAUGCUGUGGCAUGACCUCAAGAAAGCCAUUUACACCAGACAUCCCAAGAAUAUAGCUGAACUGAAACAGUUUUGUAAAGAGGAAUGGUCAAGAAUUACUCCUGACCGUUGUGCACGUCUGAUCUGCAAAUACAGGAAACGUUUGGUUGAAGUUAUUGCUGCCAAAGGAGGUUCAACCAGUUAUUAAAUUCAAGGGUUCACAUACUUUUUCCACCUGCACUGUGAAUGUUUACAUGGUGUGUUCAAUAAAAACAUGGCAACAUUUCAUUCUUUGUGUGUUAUUAGUUUAAGCAGACUGUGAUUGUCUAUUGUUGUGACUUAGAUGAUGAUCAGAUCACAUUUUAUGACCAAUUUGUGCAGAAAUCCAUAGCAUUCCAAAGGGUUCACAUACUUUUUCUUGCAACUGUACCUCCACGUGAGGCUGUUGAAGGUACCCCUAAUUGGCAUUGGUCAGAUAGACCCCAGUUACCCAAUAAGGACAGACCGAAAGCUGUGGGGACCUGCGGGCUUGGGGUGUGAUGGGGAGGGAUGGAGGGGAGCGGGCUUAGACACCCAUCUGGACUAGGGGAAUGAAUAAUUUGAAGAGGGCAGGAGGGAGAUACCUGGGACCUGUGGGCCCCACAUAGCCAUUAAAGAUAGGCACCUUGACCCUCAGACACUUAGACCUCACACAUACAGGGGGCCCCUGGGAUAAGGAACUAGAAGGAACAAAGGAUGGAAGCGCUAACAGGGCAAGAAAGGUCUAAGAUGCAGACCCAGAAGAGAGUGGGGGAACCCAGGGGGGUACCACAGAGAUGCGCCCCGGACACCAGGUGGUGACACCGGGAUGCACUCGUCUCCCCACGGCUCCGACCAACAUGCAAUAUUGGCUAAACAUGACACCCUGGGGUCCCCCACAACAAUACUAACAGCGGCCACGAAAACCUGGGGGGCCAGGAAGCCGGGGAGGGGCUGACCUCCGCAGGAGGGACCCUAGACGCAGGUGAGGCCUGUAGCGGGACCUCGGGGCGGGAUUGGCCUGUUUCCAGCUGUUAAAUUAUAUACUCAGUUCUGUUUUGUUAUGCUAUAAUGUUCAAGUUAUUUGAUUUUUGCUUAAUUACCUGCACUGUACACAAAAGGUAUGCAGGUCAUAGCUGUGAUGCUUUAUUGAGUAAAUACCCCUCUAGGCUCAGGAAACCUGAGCAACACAGUUGAGCCGGGUACAGGCAGUAGCCUCAACUGCCCCAUCAGAAUUCAACUUUACCUGGUCACUACGACCCCACACAACUGACUCGGCCUGUAAAUUCGAUCGGGCCCAGGGAUCCUACCGACCAUAGACGGACCGGACAUACCCUGGAGCAAAAGACCAAUCUUGGGUCAUUGUUGUCUGACCACCCGUGACUAUACCAAUCCACCCCUCCCCACACCGACUGCCACCGACAGACUUGUCCCACCUGACACAUACCAUACCCCUUUCCCCUUGUCUACUAUAUCUAACUCUCUCAUCCCAUCCCCACCCUUCUCCCUUCCUCUCCACCCCGAUCCCUCCCCCCCUUCCUCCUCACACACACUGUCGAGAUGUCACAGAAAUUCCAACCUGCACCGCUCAGGCUCUGGUCCAAUAACACGAGAGGCCUAAACGUCCCAGAGAAGCGCACACAACUCCUGCGGAUGCUGUGGUCCCAGAGGGUAUCCGUUGUAUUUCUGCAGGAGACCCACUUUUAAGAUGGGUGCACUCCCAUGCUACAAAAUAAGAUUUCCCCUGGGCUUUUUUUCGCGAACCACCAGGACGCCAAAAGAUCAGGAGUGGCGAUCCUUUUUGCGGGGACGGUGCCUUUUCAAUGCACCGCCACACAGGUGGACCCACUGGGAAGAUACCUCUUCAUAAAAGGAACCACAGCAGAGCGCCCGUAUACCCUAGCCAACGUGUAUUGCCCCAAUCGAGGCCAACACAGAUUCCUGGCUCGGGUGAUGGCAAUGCUUAGAAAAGUUCAGGGAAGGCUUACUGAUAUUAGCGGGUGACUUCAACACUCCCCUGGACCCCUGAGUGGACACAUCCAGGGGUAACCGCACCAUACCAGACCACUGCAUAUGCAGGACCAAACAAACACUCAAUAGACUCGGCCUGUCUGACUGCUGGCGGGCGGCGCACCCUGAGAGCAGAGACUAUAUCUGCUACUCUGCCCCGCACAACCAAUACAGCAGGAUAGAUGACAUCUUUAUCGCACAGGAAUUCCUUCCCCUGCUCAUUUCCGCAGACACAGGGAUUCAAGGAGACUCUAACCACUCCCCCGUGUCCAUCCAGAUUAAAUCACCCCUCUUCAAUCCGAAGGAACGCCAUUGGCGACUAAACUAAACCGUACUAUCAGAUACAGAAUGCUUGACACUGACCACGCAAGUACUUACCCAAUACUUCGUAACCAACACCGGCCCAACACCGCCCCAGAAGUUACAUAAAUGUGUCGUUAGGGGACACUACAUAAAUCUUUGCACGCAACGCAAAUGUGAGAACACUAGACACAUCAUGGAAUUGACCAAACAGAUAUCCGAACUCGAAACCACACGUAAAAGAGAAUUGACAGAAGACGUAUACCUCCAUCUGACCGACAAGAGGAGACAGCUUAGGGACAUACUCUGUCAGAAGUUACUCAACGUGGUCCGCAGGUCCAACCGCUAUUUUUAUGAGCACUCAAAUAAAUGUGGUAGACUGUUAGCCCGGACUCUGCAGCAGAGAUGGAGGCAAAACCACAUUCACAAAAUAAAAGCCCAAGGCCGAAAGGAAACGAGACUACCAGCAGAGAUUAUGCAGGCAUUCAGGGAAUAUUAUACUAGUUUAUACAAUCUGGCCGAUAGGCGAAGCCCACUCACCCCAACACAACAUAGACGUGAGCUGACAGACUUUCUCACCAAGCAUGUAGCCCGGAAACUUACCCCUAAGCGCUUAAGCUAACCAAAUCAAAUAAGGCACCGGGUCCAAAUGGACUCCCCGCAAGCUACCUCCGAACAUAUAGGGACAUCUUGCUGCCACACCUGUUGACAGGCCUGAAUUCGAUACUAGAAGGGCUGUAGUAACAGUUCUGCCGAAAGAGGGGAAAGACCCAGCUUGCUGCGCAAGUUAUCGCCCCAUUUCCCUCUUAAACGCAGAACUAAAAUUAUUUGCGAAGGCCAUGGCCCCCCGCCUCGCCAGGGUGCUGUCCUCACUGGUCCAUCCAGACCAGGUAGGCUUCAUUCCGGGCAGAGAAUCCCGGGAUAACACUGUAACGGAUAACCUGGCACCCCGACUGGGUACCUCCGUUGAAGGAUGCUCCUAGUGCUUCCUGAGGACACCAAGCACUGCAGCAGACACCACAACCACCGUAGACUCCUCCAGCGAGCAAGGCAGGAACAAGCUCUUACAAAAGCUUAGCAGUGAAUAUAGCAAGGGAGUAUGCAGAGCAUAGCAAUCCCUUGUAGCAGAUUCCCCCAAUAAGAGACGGCACUCCAAAUUGAGGGUGAAGUAGAACUGACUGUACUAGCACAUACAGCCUCUUUUAUUCCCAAUCCACAAACUUAGUACUGCCCACAGGGUUUUACAGAACAACCAAUAACACACGUACAUUACAGAAAACACUCCCAGCAAUUAUACACAAAAUCCUCCCCUCUGCCUGUGAUAUAAUUAUGGUACACAAUGGUUAACAUAAUUAUCACAAGCAGGAAAAAUACAGUUUUUAUAUAUGUACUAUAACUUUACAAAUAUACAUCCAAUCUUCAUAAAAAUUACUUAUUAUUAAUCAGCACAUUUUAAAUAUAAACAUACCCAAAAAUCAUUUGAAGUUCAGCCGUUCGGGAGAUAGAUAUAAGUCAAGUUUGACCGACCGCAAGCACAUUUUCAUGCCCAAAACAGUUCCAGAGAAUCAGGCUGUGCAGUCGGUCUAUUUCCCAUGUUAAAGUCAGUUCAAACAGAUGAACGACAACCAUUCGAAUUGUUGAACUGUCGAAUGAACUGUCGAAUGGCGUUCGAACUGUCGAAUGCAUUGAAGUCUGGAGAAGGUAAAACUUCCGCUGAAUUAAAGAUGGCCGCCGCCACGUGUUCGUUUUUUCAAAUGGCGGCCACUUCGACUACUUAGGCACUUCAGCUGCAUCCGAAGUGCCAAUUUAAAGCUGCAGAACUGCUCCAAUACAAUUUAAAGGGGCAGUAAGUCUUUUAAAAUCCAAUCUGCUAAAAUAGUCUUUAACAGGUUAUAUCUUCCAAGGGCCAUAGUCUUAAAGGGGCAUUGUUCCCAAAAGUCACAGUAUGUCCCCAGAUGGUUCUUAAAGGGCCAGCAGCAUAAUAAAAUACAAUAUGCCCAAAUAUUGUAUUAAAAUGGCCAAAUCUCCCAGGGGCUGUAGUCAGCAGGCAGGAGGCGGGCAAACAGGCUUCUCCAAUGCCCAGUGGCGAGGUUGGUUUUGCCACAAAUGCCAUACGGGCCGUCAACAUCAUCCACUCGGCUCGAAGGCAAGGAAGGGGUCUAGUCCUCCUCUCCACGGAUGCUGAAAAGUCCUUCGUCCGAGUGGACUGGUCAUACCUAGCCGCUACUCUACAACACAUGGGACUCGGACACAGUAUCCGAACCUGGAAAGCUGCGCUCUACACGUCACCUACAGCACGAAUAUGAGUUAACGUUGUUUGCCCUCUCUUUGGAACCGUUCCUGGAGGGUCAGGACAGAUGGGGGAAUCGCGGGUCACACAAUAGGGAACACGGAGCACUGGGUGGCGGCAUAUGCCGACGACCUGCUGUUCUUCCUGGAACGACCCCUGAUCUCCAUUCUGAACAUGCUAGGCCUAUUCCAACAAUUCGGGAGGAUCUCGAAUCUAAAACUUAACACCGAAAAGUCGGAGGCCAUAAACAUCUCGGUUCCCGCUGAUUUUGGGGAGCAAUUACGCUCCCAAUUCAGAUUCAGCUGGUGUGGCACUAAACUGAAAUACCUUGGCAUUUGGCUGACCAAAGAACUUUCACACCUCUACCAGGCAAACUUUGUCCCAAUCCUCGCCUCCCUACAGGCAGAUAUAAAAAAAUGGACAGACCUCUACAUCUUGUGGUUCGGACGUAUUAACGCAAUAAAAAUGAAUAUUCUCCCACGCAUCCUGUAUCUCUUCCAGACGAUCCCGAUCACUGGAACUACCCAAUCGGCGGGGGGGGGAGCAGGACUCCCCUUGAUCAUUGGCUACUACCGAGCAACCCAUUUGCUGAGGGUCACUGACUGGCACUCCACCCUAUGGAGAAACUGUGGGUGUGAGCAGAAAUAGCACAGGCCGAGGGGAAAAUACCCUCGGAACUAUGGAGGACGGGAAUUACACCUAACGCCCUCAGCACUGGCAAGCCUCUGAUUGACGCAACCCUGAAGGCUUGGUGUGCACUCCGUUACCCUCAACUAGCACCGGCGGACCUAAAAAAUUUCGGACGGACAGACUGGUCCUAUAUACGCCAAUGGUGCAAUAACUGCACCCUAAAAACCUUAUCCGAACUAAUCCCAGAUAAUACCUCAACGAUGAUCGACCGGUUCCGAUACCUCCAGGUCAAAUCCUUCUACAAUGGCCAAACAACAAUUUCACUGAGACCCCACAUACUUUGAAACAAUAUGCAUCAAUAGGCGACACAUGGAGAGAGGGAUCUUGACAUUAUAGGCACUGAUUUUGGAGGGAGAGAACAGGCCACCACCGAAAUACGUCGCCAGAUGGGAGAGAGAGAGACGGGGGAGCUACUCAAUGCCCAAGAAUGGGAUAAGAUAUUCCUACUCACGAACAAAAGCUAUAUCAGCUAAAAAUUUCAGGAAAUGAGCUACAAGUUACUAAUGACCUGGUACAGAACCCCAGAUGUUCUACAUCGAAUGAACCCAGACAAUGUUGAGACAUGCUGGCGAUGCGGAUCAGAGAGAGGCACUAUGAUCCACAUCUGGCGGACCUGCCCAGCCAUCACUCCCUACUGGGAGAUGGUUAACACCAAAAUACGGGAAAUAUCAGACCCAGAGCUCCCACUUCAGCCCCUCCCCAUGCUACUACAUCACACCAGCACGCCACUGAAAACCUAUAAGAAAUCCCUCACGAGAAAUUUACUGACGGCAGCUAAAUCACUGAUACCCACCCUGUGGAAAAGGUCGACCACCCCCACAUUCCAACAAUGGGUAGAUAUAGUGGGAGAAAUACACGCCAUGGAGUCUAUGACAGCAGCCCUCCAGGGCCGCAUGGAGAAAUGUCACCUAACCAGGACCCCCUGGAUCCUGUACAUUGCGGCAGAAGGCUCAGCCUCAUGAAAAACUACACCCAGACCAGGAACUGAACCUCCCCCGCUCCCUAGGAGAACUCUGGUGGGGGUAACCCAUGAAAACUAUAAAUACAAAUUUAGACAAAUAAGCCUCUAGGGGGCAUAAGUGACAGAGAGGUCCUUCUCAAAGUAAAUGUAAAAUAAGUAAAUGUUAUUGCUGAAAUGAUCAAAGAUAAACAUAAAUUGAGAGACUACAAAAAAAAACACAUUUAAAAAGUCCUAAGACUAUAGUGCAUAAUAGGGGCAGACAAUACUAGCCUAGGAACUGUUAGAAAUAUAUAAAAAGGAAAUGCAUAUGGAUUUGAUUAUCCCAACCAGAAUAAUUUAAAUGAACAGCUAAAGAAUAAUUUCAAACAUACUCAUUUUAUAUGACUUCUAUUCCAUUUUUUACACCUGGGUCAAUAUUAUCUACUCGCUUCUUAUCCUAUAUUUCUAAAUUCUGGUGAAUUCUUAGUUAUUUUUCACUUACAGAAAGAUUUGCUGACUUAUGAUGUACUUUGCUUGACCAUGAGAAUUCUAGUUCAAUUCUGUGCUUAUAGUACAAAUAUACGUAUAGUUUCUUUUUAGUUAUGUCAGUGAAACUAAUAAAUUCUAUUUACAAAAAAAUUAGAGAGGGAAAUUAAAUAUCUUAAUAUUUAAUGAAAUCUCUGUGAUAGAUUAAAAAUAAAUGCUUCGCUCAACAGACAUUUUCUAUAUUUGAUAUAGCAUUUGUAUUUUAGAAAAGUAAAACCAAAAGUUACAAAAACUAUAUUAAGAGUGCAUUGUUAUUUAUAAAACAGCAUCAGGUAAAUGACUGUAUCUUUUUUCAUAGUGCAGGUGCUGGAAAGAGAUUUGCGAAUGACCUUUCUACCUCAGUUUCAUGCAUGUAUCCAAGCUGGGUCAUAUAGCAUUAUGUGCAGCUAUAACAGGUAACUGAUAAGGCAAUCUCACUACAUACUCUUACUCCAACUCUUGGAUUCCAGCACCUGGCAAAUCUCCCUGCGCUGCUCUCCGCUCUCUGUGUCACGUCACGUCACUCCUUUCUGUGGUUCACUGGGUUUCUUCUCAUAGAGACGUAUUUCAUUGGAACGAACUUCAGGCUCAAAGAACAUGCAUACACUCUAAGCCAGGAUGGGAGUUGGUGGGGUUAGGACAUUCUUUUGAUUAAGCUAAAUGUAGAGAGGUAAGGACUGGAA